AUGUCGAUAGCGACUAAACUUUUACCAAAGAAAACUGCGGUUGUUGGAACAAUUCGCGCAAAUAGAAGGGAGCUACCAAAAUUGGCGAAACAGAAAAAGGACAAUAUGACACGUUUUUCAACAAAAUUAUAUCGUUCAAAUAAUUGUACUCUGACAAUUUACAAAGCUAAACCAAAUAAAAAAGUACUGAUUCUUAGUUCAAUGCAUAACUCCGUAGAAGUUGAAGAAAAUGAUGCCUGUAUACCGGAGACAAUUAGAUUAUACAAUAGCGCCAAAUUCGGUGUAGAUGUGACCGACCAAAUGGCCAGAAAAUACACGAAGAGGUAA